UUUUAGUCCGUGCUCGGGUCUCGGCAAAGAGAGAGAAAGAGACAGACAGACACAGAGAGAGUGAGAGAAGGAGAGAGAGAGAGAGAGAGAGAGAGAGAGAGAGAGAGAGAGAGGGGGGCUGUGUGUCCCAGCCACACCGCACUCUUCAAACACAACCAGUCUCGCCACGUUCAAUUCAAUGAAGAGCUAACGAGCACAACACAGACAGAGAACCAGAGAAUAUAUAACACACGCUCCACGUGCGUGUUUUUCGUCCUAUCGCCCCGAAGACCGUUAACGCGUUGAUCACGGACAACUCGAGGAAGGAAACCAAAUAAGAGAACAAUCGCCUGGGGGGGGGAGAGAAGAAGCACAACCUGAGGACGGAUUUCUUUCCUCCACGUUAUUUUAUUUCCCCAGGACUCGACUUGUCAAUACUGGAUGUAAAAACUCUCGACUUCUCUUUACGCAGAAGAAAGGCGAGACUGAGUUUCAAACUGGCCGCAAAAUGGUGAUAAGGCUGUGAAUACCCUGCAUCUGAGAAAUCAGACCAGACUGACUCACAGGGCUCUGUGAGCCAGCGCCACCGAGGCUGCCAAAGCAUGCUGGUGCCAAGCUGUCCCACCAUGCACAGAGCCAGACCCACGCUGCUGCUGCCGCUGCUGCUUGUCCUGGGUCUGUUCCUCCACCUCGCCGACGCUCAAACACCACCAAAGUUUUUAAGAACCCCCAAUGACCAAACAGGCGUGCAAGGAGGCGUGGCAUCCUUCAUCUGCCAAGCUACAGGAGAUCCACGGCCGAAGAUUGUGUGGAACAAGAAGGGGAAGAAAGUCAGCAACCAGAGAUUUGAGGUAGUGAUUGAGUUCGACGACGGCUCUGGUUCAGUGCUAAGAAUUCAGCCAUUGCGCACGCCCCGAGAUGAAGCCAUAUAUGAAUGCGUCGCCUCCAACAGUGUUGGAGAGACGAGCGCUACCACCAGACUCACUGUUUUACGUGAGGACCAGCUGCCCCCUGGUUUCCCCACCAUAGACAUGGGCCCACAGUUGAAAGUGGUGGAGCGAACACGCACUGCCACAAUGCUCUGUGCUGCCAGUGGCAACCCCGACCCUGACAUCUCCUGGUUCAAAGACUUCCUCCCUGUCAACACCACCAACAACAAUGGACGCAUUAAACAGCUCAGAUCAGAAUCCUUUGGUGGUACACCAAUAAGAGGAGCCCUCCAGAUAGAGCAGAGUGAAGAGUCUGACCAGGGGAAGUAUGAAUGUGUGGCGACCAACAACGAUGGAACCCGCUACUCUGCCCCAGCAAAUCUAUAUGUUAGAGAGCUGCGAGAAGUACGUCGGGUGCCACCACGAUUCUCCAUUCCACCUACAGACAAUGAGAUCAUGCCAGGCGGCAGUGUCAAUAUCACAUGUGUGGCAGUGGGCUCUCCCAUGCCAUACGUCAAGUGGAUGCUUGGUGCGGAAGACCUUACGCCAGAGGACGACAUGCCCAUUGGACGGAACGUCUUGGAGCUUACAGACGUCCGACAGUCGGCCAACUACACCUGUGUGGCCAUGUCAACCCUGGGGGUGAUAGAGGCUGUGGCGCAGAUAACGGUGAAAGCAUUACCCAAGGCUCCUGGCAUUCCUGUGGUGACAGAGCGUACAGCCACCAGCAUAACAUUGACUUGGGACUCUGGUAAUCCUGAACCAGUGUCCUACUACAUCAUCCAACACAAGUCCAAGUACUCAGAGGACUCGUACAAGGAGAUUGAUGGCGUAGCCACCACUCGGUACAGCGUGGGAGGCCUCAGCCCGUACUCGGACUACGAGUUCCGGGUGGUGGCAGUGAACAACAUCGGGCGAGGGCCACCCAGUGAGGGCAUUGAGGCCAAAACAGCUGAGCAGGCACCCAGCACAGCACCAAGGCAGGUCAGAGGUCACAUGUUGAGCACCACCACAGCUGUCAUCCACUGGGAUGAACCAGAGGAGGCUAACGGGCAGAUCAUGGGAUACCGAGUCUACUACACCAUGGAUUCCACCCAGCACGUCAACCUCUGGGAGAAACAGAUUGUUCGGGGGUCCAACUUUGUCACCAUCCAGGGCCUCAUCCCCAAUAAGACCUACUACAUUAAGGUUUUGGCCUAUACCUCAGUAGGUGAUGGACCUCUUUCUCCAGAUCUUCAAAUCAUCGCUAAGACGGGAGUUCCCUCCCAACCGACCGACUUCAAAGGAGAAGCCAAAUCAGAAACAAGUAUUUUACUUUCAUGGAUCGCACCGGCACAGACUGGACAGGAAAAUCAAAUCACAGGAUACGAACUUAUGUACAGGAAGAGGGAUGACAAAGAGGAGAAACGUAUCAGCUUUGAGCCGACAACAACAUACCUGCUCAAGGACUUGAAGCCCUUCACUACUUAUACUUUCCGGCUGGCUGCCCGUAGUAAACAUGGAGUUGGGGCUUACACCAAUGAGAUCUCUGCAGAAACUCCACAGACACGUUGCAUGGACAGCGUACCCAGGCUUUCCUGUGAAGUCAGGAGACAAGAACCCUCGGGCCCACCUCAGGAAGUCAAGGGCUAUAGCCCCAGCUCCACUAACAUCCUGGUAAGUUGGCGGCCACCCCCAAUGGAAUUACAAAAUGGGAUCAUAACGCAAUACACCAUCCAAUAUGCUGCGACUGAAGGGGAGGAUACUACUACUCGUCAGAUCUCCAGCAUUCCUCCUGAAAGCUCCCAGUACCUUUUGGAAAACUUGGAAAAAUGGACAGAGUACCGCGUGACGGUCACUGCUCAUACAGAUGUCGGAGCAGGACCGGAAAGCCUGCCAGAGCUCAUCCGCACAGAGGAGGAUGUUCCUAGUGGGCCACCUCGUAAAGUUGAGGUGGAGGCUGUCAACUCCUCAUCAAUUAAAGUGAUCUGGCGUUCACCGAUGCCCACGAAGCAGCACGGUCAGAUCCGAGGGUACCAGGUGCACUAUGUCAGGAUGGUUAAUGGGGAGCCCACAGGACAGCCAGUCAUCAAGGACAUCCUGAUUGAUGAUGCCCAGUGGGAAUAUGAUGAUUCAACUGAACAUGAAAUGAUCAUCACAGAGCUGCAGGCUGAGACUACAUAUUCAGUUACUGUGGCAGCCUAUACGACAAAGGGUGAUGGUGCACGCAGCAAGCCCAAACUGAUCACCACCACUGGCGCAGUUCCUGAUAAACCUCGGCUAAUGGUCAGUACAACCAACAUGGGCACAGCUCUCCUCCAGUGGCAUCCCCCAGCAUUAACCCAUGGUCCCCUGCAAGGCUAUCGCCUCCGUUUUGGCCGCAAAGACGUGGAUCCGCUGACUGUCAUUGAGUUCCCUGAGCGAGAGAACCACUACACUACCAAAGAGAUCCAUAAGGGAGCCUCAUACACUUUCCGCCUUUCAGCGCGCAACAAGGUGGGCUUUGGUGAAGAGACAGUCAAAGAAGUCACCACAAAUGAGGAUGUCCCAAGCGGCUACCCUCAGAGCAUUACAGCAGAGGGUGCCACCACCUCAACCAUUCAGGUUAGCUGGCAACCUGUUUUGCUGGCAGAGCGAAACGGCCAAAUAGUGAAAUAUGCUCUGCAGUAUAAGGACAUAAACAGCCCACGCAGUCCCUCCGAACUCUUCAUCACCGCCCCGGAAUCAACAGUCAUCCUGGAUGGCCUUAAGGCAGAUACCACUUAUGAUAUUAAAAUGUGUGCCUUCACCAGCAAGGGCUCUGGUCCAUAUAGCCCAAGUGUCCAAUUCAGGACACAGCCUUUGGAUCAAGCAGUGUUUGCAAAAAAUUUUCACGUGAAAGCUGCCAUGAAGACAUCAGUGUUGCUGACCUGGGAAAUCCCAGACACCUACAACCCAGCGCAACCUUUCACUAUCCUCUACGAUAAUGGGCAGAGUGUGGAGGUGGAUGGGAAGCUAACGCAGAAGCUAAUCACGGGUCUCCAACCUGAGACACAGUACUCCUUCCUCCUGACCAAUCGUGGCAACAGUGCCGGAGGUCUGCAGCAUCGUGUGUCCACCAUGACAGCCCCAGACAUCCUCCGCACCAAACCCUACCUAAUUGGCAAGACCAACUCAGACGGUAUGGUGACUGUGGAGCUACCAUCAGUGCAGACAUCUGAGAGAGUAAGGGGAUAUUACAUUGUGGUAGUACCUCUGAAGAAGCAGCGCACUGGCAAGUUUUUCAAACCCUGGGAAAAUCCUGAUGAGAUGAAUUUGGAAGAGUUGCUGAAGGAGAUAAACCGAACGAGCAGAGGCCUUCGGUUCCGGAGGCAGGCAGAACCCAAAGCCUACAUCGCUGCCUACUUCAAAGACAUGCCUAAAGAGUUCACCCUGGGAGAUGGCAAGAUCUACGGGGACUUUGAAAACAAGCAACUCCAGAAUGGCCAGGAGUACAUCUUCUUUGUGCUUGCUGUUCUGGAGAUGUCUGAAAAUAUCAUGUAUGCCACGAGCCCCUACUCCGACCCAGUUGUGUCAGCCGACAUCGACCCCCAGCCGAUCAUUGAUGAGGAAGAAGGCCUCAUCUGGGUGGUGGGCCCUGUGCUAGCUGUUGUCUUCAUCAUAUGCAUCGUCAUUGCCAUCCUCCUCUACAAAAGCAAACCAGACAGAAAAAGAGCAGAAUCUGAAGCUAGGAAAGGCAGUCUCCCCAACAGCAAGGAAAUGCCACUACAUCAUCCCACUGACCCUGUUGAGCUUCGACGUCUCAACUUCCAAACGCCUGGUUCAGGUGCGCCCAGUCACACCAGUAACCUCCAUUUGUCAAGUAUGGCUAGCCACCCUCCAAUCCCAAUUAUGGACCUGGCAGAUCAUCAGGAGCGCCUGAAAGCCAACGACAACCUCAAGUUUUCACAGGAAUAUGAGUCCAUCGACCCUGGUCAGCAGUUCACAUGGGAGCACUCUAACCUGGAGGUCAACAAACCAAAGAACAGAUAUGCCAACGUGAUUGCCUACGACCAUUCCAGAGUUUUGCUCUCCGCUAUUGACGGUAUUCCUGGAAGUGACUAUAUCAAUGCCAACUACAUUGACGGCUACAGGAAGCAGAAUGCCUACAUUGCCACCCAGGGAUCUCUGCCAGAGACAUUUGGUGAAUUCUGGAGGAUGAUCUGGGAGCAGAGGAGUGCCAUCAUCGUUAUGAUGACCAAACUGGAGGAGAGGUCCAGGGUGAAAUGUGACCAGUACUGGCCUACAAGAGGGACAGAGACAUAUGGCCUCAUCCAAGUGACACUGCUAGACACAGUAGAGCUGGCCACAUACUGUGUCAGGACAUUUGCACUUUUUAAAAAUGGCUCCAGCGAGAAGAGAGAGGUGAGGCAGUUCCAGUUCACGGCCUGGCCAGACCACGGGGUACCAGAGCACCCCACUCCGUUCCUGGCCUUCCUGAGACGGGUGAAAGCUUGCAAUCCACCAGAUGCAGGGCCCAUGGUGGUACACUGCAGUGCUGGGGUGGGACGCACAGGUUGCUUCAUUGUGAUUGAUGCCAUGCUGGAACGUAUCAAGCACGAGAAGACUGUGGACAUCUACGGGCAUGUAACGCUAAUGCGUGCCCAGCGCAACUACAUGGUGCAGACAGAGGACCAAUAUGUCUUCAUACAUGACGCGCUCCAGGAGGCCGUCAACUGCGGCACCACCGAAGUGCCCGCUAGAAACCUAUACGCCUACAUCCAGAAACUGACGCAGAUAGAGGGUGGAGAGAAUGUCACUGGCAUGGAACUUGAGUUCAAGCGUUUAGCUAACACUAAAGCCCAUACAUCACGAUUCAUCAGUGCCAAUCUCCCCUGCAACAAGUUCAAGAACCGCCUUGUUAACAUAAUGCCAUACGAGUCCACACGAGUGUGUCUUCAGCCCAUUCGAGGAGUUGAGGGCUCUGACUACAUCAAUGCCAGUUUCAUUGAUGGGUACAGGCAACAGAAAGCCUAUAUUGCCACACAGGGACCACUGGCAGAGACCACAGAGGACUUCUGGAGAAUGCUCUGGGAGCACAACUCGACUAUUGUCGUUAUGCUCACCAAGCUUAGAGAAAUGGGCAGGGAAAAAUGCCACCAGUACUGGCCAGCAGAGAGGUCGGCCAGAUACCAGUACUUUGUGGUGGACCCCAUGGCCGAAUAUAACAUGCCCCAGUAUAUCCUGAGAGAGUUCAAAGUGACUGAUGCCAGGGAUGGACAGUCACGGACAGUAAGGCAGUUUCAGUUCACAGACUGGCCUGAACAAGGAGUGCCAAAAUCAGGAGAGGGCUUCAUCGAUUUCAUUGGCCAAGUACAUAAAACAAAAGAGCAGUUUGGCCAAGAUGGGCCUAUCUCAGUUCACUGUAGCGCGGGUGUUGGUAGGACUGGAGUUUUCAUCACCCUCAGCAUCGUCUUGGAACGAAUGAGAUAUGAGGGCGUAGUAGACAUCUUUCAGACAGUGAAAAUGUUACGGACACAGAGACCCGCUAUGGUGCAGACAGAGGAUCAGUACCAGUUCUGCUACAGAGCUGGCUUGGAGUACCUGGGAAGCUUUGAUCACUAUGCAACGUAAAAGACCCAGUAUUGAAAGAAAAAAGCAGAGGGCCCUUUGGAAAGAAAACCCAGUGAGCCUCUCUUCUGAGCCAUAAAUUCCUGCUUGAGAAAGUACUCCUUAACUCCUUGCUAACAACUCAUUAAGUGUUGGAUGUGCGACAUGACUCGUCAAAAAAUGAAAAAGAUGAUUCCCGGAGGACCAAGUAUUUCCCAACCCCAAUAAAACCUCGCUCUGACACAAAGCGAGGGAAUCCUGACUGUUGAAGCAUCAUACGGAAUUACCUUUUCUUUUGCUUCAAGGAUUCAUUUUGGGGCUCAUAAAACUGAAUGAAACCAACACAACAAAAAAGUAAAUGAACAAUAAUGACAUCGUCAGAAAUGCAUCAGUGAUUAUGAACCAUUACGAGAGGCAUUGGAGGCACACAGAAUUGCGGGAGGGGGGAAAAACUUGAUGCACAUUGUAAAGAAAAAAGAAAUCUGUUUCACAAAUCAAGUACACACAGACAACCCAUCGAAAAAGAAGACAACGCUUGGUCCACAACAGCAGGACAGAUUUACAGUAAUAAUGAAUAAAUACCCCUUUUCCUGUCACAAAUGUUCAUCAUCUAAAUUUUGGGAGGUUAAAGUUAAAAUGAUCUAUGAAAUAAAUAAAAAUUAUUGAUUUAGUUUUUUAGUACUUUAUUAUACAGCUGAUGUGCUUUUUUUGAACUGUGUGAAUUUCCUUUUUUUACACAAAUUUAUCACUUGGAAAAAAGUGAUAAAACGUAUUUACGUGAAUGUUAAUUUUUUUUAAGCUGUAGAACUGUUCCGACGUACGUGCUAUUUUGCAGAGAAUCUCUUUGCUUUUUUUUUUUUUAACAUUUUGUUUCUAUAUUCUUUUCCCACAUUUUGUUGCACUUAUUGCACAGAACGGAAUUCACACUACCAAAAUGUAAGUUUGUUCAAGAGUUAUUUUCUGGCCUUGAUUUUUCUGUUUGUUUUCGUUUUUUUUUUUUGUCCAUGAUCACAUACACGGUAACUUAAUUACUCCCAUAAGAUAAACUGGGGCUUUGUGGAAUCAACAGGGAUGCGCAAAGUAUGAAGUUGCUGCUACAGAUUAUCUUAGUUCUUCCAUGUUAGAAGGGUGAUAAGAAAGAAACUGAUGAAUUGGAAAAGAUGAAUUUAUAAAUAUACGGUACAGAUUGUCAAAUAUGUGAAAUAUAUAUUAAAGUAUACAUAUAACAUUCUAAAUAUAUUAAUAAAGUACAUAGUUUAUGAGUAAAAAGUAUAUGAAAUAUGGAUUGUCUAUGAAAGCUUCCAAAUUGAGAGUUGUGUGCUAUGGGGGAAAUGAAAUGAGAUUUUUCACUGGAAUGCACAUCAGUAGGACAAAAUUGUAUUCUGAUUCAGUGCAUCUUUUCUUGUGCAAUAAAUGUGUGUUUCUAGAUAGGGUAUUAUGUGGAUAUGUCAUUCACUCAUGACGUUGUUGUUCCACCCGCAAGUGAUGUGUGGGAGUGGGAAUGUCAGAUGCUAGUCAAAGCAUCACUGGUGCAUUUUUCAAGCUCUCAUACAGUCUGUAAUUAGAGGCAGAGGGGUCACACAGCCGCAGUCACCGCUCCACACAAUAGGGCAAGGUACAAAGACGUCACUUUCUUGUGGUUCUUUAAAGCAUUCAGUGGUAAUGGCAUUUUUUUUUCAUUUUGCAUUUAGAGUGCCUUAUAUUUAUGCCUGUUUUUAUAAUGUUUCAUUUAACAUAUAACGUAUCCACUGAGUAUCCUAGGCAUUUAGUAUAAAUGUAAUUGUAUAGUUUAUUUACCGUUCGUAUUCAUUUGUCACAUGAUGAGAUUAUAUAUGCAAAUAAGAACAUUUCAAAGCUCAUAUUAUUCAUUUUCAGUGGCCUUACUGUGGCUGAGUGAAUUAGAAUAAAACAGUUAUAUAUAUAUAUAUGACAGACCUCUACAGAAAACAGUCAAGAAUACACAAUAGUUACAACAUAUAUUAUAACAUUUUCAGACAUAGAGCCUGAUGAGAUUGCAGAAUACCGGUCUCAGAAUUAAACAGAAUAAAGGCCUAACAAAGUGAAUGAGCUUUUUACCAAUUGUCACCAUGGUGACAUUUUACAACAGUAAUUUUUUCUGAUUUUAAAAAAUGGUUUGCCAAACUAAAAAUGGAUUUAGUCAAAAAGAAUGCCUAAUGCACAGGUCGUCACCGAAGGGUUUCCUCUUCAUGCCUUAGGUCUGAAUUACAGACUUCUCACUGCAGAGAUUUCUGUUAUCACUAUUUCUGUUAGAGUUCUGUUAUCCUGACAAUACUAAACAGUGUGUUGUCUUUUUUUUUAAAAAUGACAUUACAGUUAGAGACUGGGUGUUUAGUUUGGUUGUGUGUCAGUCUUCAUGUUGAGCAGCAUCUGUAACUUCUCCGUACCCUCUUUGAUGGCUUUGUGGAUGUGCAUUCCAGGUGCUUUCUUUCCCUUGUUAACUCAAGCAGCUAUGUGUUUUGUUUUUGUCUGCUUAAGUGAUUAUUUUGUCAUAAUUUUGAGAUAUAAAAGUGCUAUUAUUUAACCUCAUGGUGGCUAAUGUUACAUUAUGUUCAAGUCUCGGAACAUGUUUAUUUUCUCAUCUCAGUUUUUCCUUUUUUUUUUCCUCAUUUGCAUGGUGAAACAUUGCAGAAUGGCCAGAGCUGGCCUGGUAGGAAGAUUUGCACUUUCUCUAUCUUUGUACUAUGCACUGCCCUAUUGAUUCUAAACCCAAUAAUAUAUUACUUGAACCCAUCUAUAAAAAAAAUCUCCUUAAACGUUCACUUUGUGUGUAUGUAAAUAACACAAAAAAGGUAUCAACUCUUGAAAAAGACAAAAAAAAAAAGUUUGUGGCGAAAAAGAGCAUCCAUUCUGAUGCCAUGGUUACUCCAGCAGAUGACUUCAGAAAAAUCUGUCCCCCAACCAUCUGUUCUUGUGGCUUUGCCAUUCAAGCUUGGAGUGUCAUUAACAGAAAUAAACGUUGUGUUCUCUGCUCUCUCUAUCUAUCUCUCGUCUGGAUGCAUAGACUGAAAAUUAAAUAAUGAAAUUGUAAAAAAAAAUGGCUUGUUAAAAAGAUCAUACAAUUACCUCUGAUUAGUUGUAAGCGUAAACUGUUUCUUUUUCUGAAUGAAAGGAGUGCUUUUUAUUUUCUUACUUAGGUUACAUUGGUGGCGAAAGAAGUCUGUAUGAAAAUCAGUUCUUUGCUGACACAAGUUCCAUUUGUUAUAAAUGAAUUCUAUUAAAAAAUGUCAGUGUUA